AUGAAUACUUUCUAUAUUCUUUACAUCAUCAUACUGAUAUUUGGAAUAUCCGAUUGUGGACGAGUUCAUAAAAUCCCAAUCAGUACAAAUCAAAGAAAUAUGCGUUAUACUGAAGACGCUAAUUGUCGCGGUGUUUUACCAAAUACUUUACAGAAGAAAGCUGUUGAAAAAACAAGUAACAUCGCGCAGAAAGCGGCGCAGGAAGCGAAAGCCGCGUCCGAAGCGCAGAAUAUCGCUGGGCAACAAGCAGCUCGUCAGGUAAAGGCUCAACUGGCAGAGAAGGCGGUUCAAGCUGCGAAAGCCGCCGAGGCGGCCUUAUCGGGCAAGGAAGCGAUGGUUGAACAGCUGCAAGAGGAAGUGAAGGAAGCAAGAUCGGUGGUUCAAGAAGAAACAUCUUCCUUGCAACAAGCGCAGGCUAACGUCAAUGUCGCAGUGCAAGCGGCGCGGCAGUCACAAGAUCAGCUGAAGACACUAAUGAACGCAGUGCACACAGCCAAAUCGAAUGCGGCAAAUGCGCAGGCAGUUGCAAAUGGGGCACAGAGAUCGCUGCGAGAAAAAGAGGAAUUGCUGGAAGCAGCCAAGAGGCGAGUGGAUGAACUAUCAAAUCAAUUGCAAAGUGCUCGGCAAGAUCUUGUGAAUACGAAUCGCGCAGCAGCCAAAGCCAAUGCUGCUGCGAACGAAGCGAAGGCGAACGCUGCUAGAAACAAAAGAAAAUUAGCACAUUUCAGAAAAAUGCGUGCGCCACGUCUAAGAGCAGAAGCUUCUUCUUGA